AUGCGUCGAUUCUCCCACCUAAUACGGCAGGCACUGCUGUUUAGACACCCUGUCCCCCGUUACCGUCCAUCAGCCAGAGUUCAAUGGCUGUCAUCAACGCCCUUUCGAUCAUGUUCCUGCUCUGAGCCGCAGCAACAAUCGGAAACCCGACAUGCCUCCUCAACCGACUAUCGCACACUAGGAAACUCCCAAGACCUUUUUACAACUUCUGUGUACAGUCCCGGAUCGCCCCUCUUCCUCCCAAACGGUACCCAUAUUAUCAACAAGCUCAUCUCCUUUCUCCGCACGCAAUACCUCCAGUACGGAUUCCGUGAAGUCCUAACCCCGACUAUCUACAAGCGAUCCCUCUGGGAGGUGUCGGGCCAUUGGCAAAAUUACAAAGAUGACAUGUACGAGGUCCGCGGCCGAGGUGCUACAGGGGAGACGGACGGAGAGGCAGGAGAGGAUGAGUCGUAUGGCCUCAAACCGAUGAAUUGCCCGGGGCAUUGUCUCCUAUUCAAGUCGCAAAACCACUCAUAUCGUGAUUUGCCCAUUCGCUAUGCCGACUUCAGCCCCCUUCAUCGUAACGAGGUUUCCGGUUCAUUAAGCGGCCUCACCCGAGUCCGGCGUUUCCACCAAGACGACGGCCAUAUCUUUUGUCGACCACAGCAGAUUAAGGGGGAGAUCAAAUCGGCGCUUGGGUUCGUUGAUCUGGUCAUGACAACAUUUGGACUGGGCCCCUAUCGAUUGGUACUUUCUACCCGCCCGGAGAAGGAUUUCAUUGGGAGCUUGGAGUUGUGGAACAGUGCAGAAGCGCAGCUGCGGGAGGCUUUGGAUCAAACCGGAAAGGAAUGGGCCUUGAAUGAAGGCGACGGAGCAUUUUACGGACCGAAGAUUGACAUUCAGCUCCAGGACCAAGCUGGCAAGUAUCAUCAGUUAUCUACUAUUCAGUUGGACAUGAAUCUGCCCCAGCGGUUCGGACUGGAGUAUCAGGUCGCUGAGGGCGAGGAGGAUUAUAAUCCGGCAACUCCCGGGAAGGCGACCCCUGUGCUGGUUCAUAGGGCGAACUUUGGCUCGCUGGAGCGGUUUCUUGCGCUGCUUAUUGAGCAAUACGGCGGGCGAUGGCCAUUUUGGCUAUCUCCCCGACAGGGUAUCAUCCUGACGGUGAACCAGGAUGAGACCCUUGUAAAGAAGGCACACGAAGCGGUGGAGAAAAUCUCAGGAUUCAAAGCUCUUCGGCAGGAUUCGAUAGGGGCAGCAGGGCAACCCCCCCAACCAUUAUCGUCCGUGGACUCCACUUUCUUAAUUGAUGUUGAUAUGAGUAGUCAGACGCUAGGGAAGAAGAUCCAGCGGGCGAAGCAGAUGAAGUACAACCUUAUUUUCAUUUUAGGCCCGAAGGAUGUUGCAGAAUCACGGAUUACGGUCGAUAUCACGGGCCAAUUGCAGAGCAAGCCCGAUCGCACCGCACAACAGCUGCGCCAGAUGCUUGCCACGCGGGUGAGUGAGACAGCUCUCCAGAAUCCUCGGGCGGUCUCACUCGAGGUGGACUCGGUGCAUGAAUUGCUGGUGCAACUGGACCGGGAGUUUUUAUAA